AUGCAGGAUCAUGUAGGGGGCACUGCCAUCUCCACUGGUGGCUUCCAAAGUGGCCAGGAUGAUGAGCCCGCGAGGGGCGGUGGCCACGACGGGGCGGGGUGCGCAGGGCGCCCGCAGGGAGACGGGGACGCCGCACCGCGCCGGCGCGAUGAAGAAUUUCGGCAGUGUAAUACCUUCCAGUGCUGGAGGAAUCCUCUGCCAUCUAUUGAGCUGGCAGACAUGGAAGAUGUAAAUGAAGACAGCCGGACAGAAGCAACACUUUAGGGCAAGAACAAAGUGGUGGGAGAUUGA